AUGUACUGGCCAAAUGGGGUGCCCCGAGUCUAUGCAGUCAACGGCCCGGAGAUACAGCAGCUGGCCGUGCAGGAUGACGGAACUGACAGCAACGAGGAGACACCGGACGAGAGGGAGCAACAGAAUGACGGCUUCUUGAAGGGUGAACAGCGAGGUACUCCUCAGCAGCAGCAGCAUGCGGGAGAAGACGAGUGGGCCGAGGAGCCUAUAGCUGGACUAUGUGUCUCGAAGAAUGGGGCGUUGUUUGCUACGAUGACAGAGACGUCUAUAGCUAUAUGGCAGACCAAGCCUACAGCCGUUGUUGCCGCCAUCAAGAGAUCUCGUUUGUCUAUCAAGAAUUACGGCCCCAACGUCGCUCUGUUGCUACGGCCUGACUCGGGCAUUAUUGUUGUGCAAACCCUUGACGGCUAUUUGAUAACCUAUUCAAUUGCAACCGAUGCACACUCACACGUCUAUCAACAACGAUUUUUACAAACGCAGCCACGGAGGAAUACGUUGUCGUCACACUUCACACCUAACGAUUCCCAUUCAAUCCGUGAAGUCAGCCUACGGUUCAGGGUGGCCAUCAAAGUUGAUGCCGGGAUUAGCAAAGCUGUGGCGCUAGAUAACGAGCUCAUGGUUGCUACAACUAAACCUGCCGCCAUACAGCUAAUUCGCUGGACUCCGGAUAACAGUGGAAAUCAGACUAGCACGGAGUUAUUAAGCCGCAUUCCGUGGAUUUCAAAGAAGUCACUUGUUGUGGAAAUGGUUUAUGACCGUGCUAUGAACCUCUUGCUAUGGGUAACUAGUGACGGCCGGGUUUACGCUGUACAAUAUGGGUAUCGCGAGGCUGAGGACUCCGCGCCCUCCAAAGUCAAUUUUACCGGUCAUAGGUUUCAUACUCCAGAAAAUGACAAUCAGCGAGCCCUUCAGGUUGCCGUAAAUGCAAGGUUCUCCCUGUUCGCCGUAAGCUGUGUUAGCGGUGAAAUAUACAUUUAUGCAGCCAGAGAUUAUAUAGGGAACAUCCCAUUGUCCCAUAAGCUACAAAUGCCAUCUUCCGCAGCCACUAUGGGGAAAAUAUCCUUCCUAAGUUACUCUUCCGAUGGAUACUGCUUGUUUGCCGGUUACGAGAACGGGUGGACGACAUGGAGUGUAUUCGGAAAGCCUGGCGGAACGAGCUUCACUGGGGACAAAGCACUUGCUGAGAGUAAUGAUGAAACUUGGCUAACGGGAGUUUCUAUGGGUGCGUGGAUUGGCGGUGGCUCUGAUAUCCUUCUAGCAUCCUCCAAAGAUAAACGAAUAUGGGUGUUGGAAGCUGCACGCAGCGCCCUGACUGGUUGUUUUUCAUCCGCAAACUUGGCUCGCGCACUUCUCCAGACAGGAACGGAAAUCAUUUUAUAUCGUGGCCAUGAUCUCCCUGAUUUAACAACCAUAUCAGGAAAGGAUUCGCUAUGGCACCAUGCCCAAUACCCCCCAAACUAUCUUCACUCCCAGUGGCCCAUUCGCACAUGCUGCGCUUCGCAAGAUGGUAGAUAUGUGGCUGUGGCUGGCCGGCGCGGCCUUGCCCAUUAUAGCGUCCACAGUAACCGAUGGAAAACCUUUGACGACCCCAAAGUGGAGAAUUCUUUUGCCAUACAGGGAGGAAUGUGUUGGUAUGGACACAUUCUUAUUGUUGCGGUUGAGUGCGAUGCUUCUUACGAGCUGCGGAUGUAUUCCCGAGAAUUGCCACUUAAUAACUCUUCAGUACUCUAUUCAGAACCGCUCCCGGCACCAGCGGUGUUUAUCGGGCCUUCAGGCGAAGACUCUCUGAUAAGCCUUGUUCAAGUCGGACAAAUAGCUUUUCACGGGAUCGUGAGAGCGCCAGCUCGUGUUCGUGCGAUUAGCUGGAUCCUACCAGAGGAUCAACUUCGCGACGGGGAUCCAUCUCAGGAUGUUGCAGUAGCGUCCGUUCUUUUCCUUGUCGAUGGAAAGCUGGUAUUAUUGCAACCGUCGGUAUCACAAACCGGGGCGUUGAAGUACGAUAUGCGCGUUGUAGCCCAUGAUGUCGAAUACUACAUCUUGAUGCGUGACCAGCUUUCUUUUAACUUUGCGCCUCCAAAUGAUGAACCGAGUUCGGCUGGACAAGCCCCUGAAAUGGCGGCUAACACUUCCUCUUCAGAUAUCUCACUAAGAGAUUCAUUAUGGGUCUUCGGUGGGAAAGACCUUUUCGUCUGGAGCGAUAUGCAAGAUGUACUACGCCCGACAGGUCGAUCAAGUGAAGGGCCAAAAAAUCUACCAAUCCCAACCGACUUCUACCCAGUAUCAAUACUUCUUAACAAAGGCAUUGUACUUGGUAUUGAGCCCGAGAUCACUCAAAGACGAGACGUUACAUUUACAUUACUGCGAUUUGCUAUUAGAACCCAACUCUUCUUGCCAUAUGUGCUGCAACACAAUUUAUCGUAUUUUGAUACCCCAUCAGCGUUGUCAAUUUGCCACCAUUUCUCACAUUUAUCAUACUUUCCUCAUGCUCUAGAAAUUUUGCUACAUCACGUCUUAGAUGAAGCGGUGGAUGACCAUAGCCCAAAGGGCCUUAUCCAAAGCCCGGUAAAGGGGAAGCAAUUAUUGCCUGGAGUCCUGGCGUUUCUUCAGGCAGCCAAUCCGCCCGAAUUAUAUCUUGACAUACUUGUCCAAUGCAUCCGGAAAACAGAACUGCGAUCUUGGCGCACGUUGUUCGCAUAUUUGCCUCCUCCCAACGAGUUAUUUGAACAGGCAUUGAAAUUCAACUCAUUGAAGACAGCCGGCGGUUACUUGCUUGUAUUGCAGGCCUUUGAUGAUGUUGAUGACGAGGAUAGUGGAGAUGGGAUUGACAAAAUUGAGGACUCUGCUGUCCGACUUCUACGGUUAGCGUCACAACGGGGUGAUUGGGAGCUAUGUGGGGAGAUUGCGCAGUUCCUUAUUGCUCUGGAUGGAUCCGGCGAGGUGUUGAAACGUGCAGUUGUGAGAGUUGGUUUGAGGCGAGAGUCCCCGGGCAGCCCUGGUGAUAUCGAUGAAGGACCCAUCCCUCGUUUUGGAAUGCUGGAUAUAGGUCCAUGA